UAAGUAGAGAAGUUGGAAUUGAAAUUCAGAGUGCUGUUUAUUUUACUUGAGUUGUUUAUCAUUUUAAUAAUUAUUUUUUUUAGCCGCAGCCUGAUUAUCAAAGUUUAGGCCAAUUUCAAUUUUUCUGCGGAAAAACACUUGUUCGAACCCGGAAUUCAACUCAAAUGGCUGUGGCCAGUGGACAUGAAGCUGACAAUGUUUAUUUUGAGGAUGAUGAAGAAGAAGAGGAGUAUGAUGAUGAUGAAGUAGAAGACGAUGACGAUGACGACGAUGAUGAAUCUUGCUCGGAUCAGAGUUCAACUACCUCAACAUCAACCAGCAAUAAUCAAAGGGUGGAUGGAGGAAGAGUUUGUGACUGUUGCUAUUGUGAAGUUUUUGGACAUGGCAUGCCAGCAGUUGCCCCGACAUCAAGGAAUUACAAUGAAAUGAGAGAGCGACUUAGAUCGCGAUUAAAUAAGAGAAAAGCGGAAAGAGGAAGAUGUGAAAAUCGUUCUAAUGUUAGUGCUAUCGGUAAUGAUAAACGCAAAGAAGUGGUUGGAAAAGAGGAUAAUCGAGAUUUAGAGGAGCUCUUAAACUACAUUGAAGGAACAACCAAUCGAGACGCUAAUAAACCAGGUAAAACUAAAAAGAAAAAAGAAAAGCAGAAAAAGAAGAAGGAAAAACAAAAAGACAAGAAGUCCUCCUCAUCAUUAAAUAUUAUGAAUUCGAGUGUUGAUAGCGAAACAAGCAAUCCUAAUCAAGCGGAUUCAAAGACAAAUGUGUUAAAGUGUAAUUUAAGUGAACCAACAUCCGAUAAAGUUAAUAAUCACAAAGAUAAUUAUUCCAAUGCCUCAAAAGAAGAUAAGUCAACUCAAGCAAUUUUCGACUUAUCGACACCAUCAGGUAGUCAUAAUCUCAGUCCACAUGUUGAAAGGACAAAAGAAAGAAAACAUAGCAAUCAAAUCGAUCACAACAGCUAUCGCAACACAUCAGCUACCAUUGCCAGUGAUCAUAAGGUGGCUUGUAAUCACUCUAUUUCAUCUUCUAAUAUAAAAAAGACGAAAGAAGAAAAAAGACGAAAUGGAGAUGAGACAAAAAGUGACAAGAAUCAGAUUAUUCAUACUGAAUUUGCCUCUACUGAUUCACAUGAAGGCCAACAAGCAACGCACCAAAUUUCUCAAGAGAGGCAUAAUCAUGUUCGUUGCUCAUCAUCAACGCCAACCUCACUAGUUAAUCAUGAAAGAAGUCCGUCUCAUUGUUCCAUCAAUGUAUCUAAUUCGACAAAUAAUUCAUCGACUUCAAGAACGACGACGAGUAUUUCAAAGGUGGCCUCAUCUACAUCAACAACCCUUUAUCCUUCUAGAACACCAUCAUCUCCACCUCCUCUAGCACCAAGCAUAGCCACAACUGCAAAAUUAGAAACAACAUCAAAAUCAUCAUUAACACUGUCAUUAACAACAUCAGCCUCAUCAUCAACAACAACAACAACAAUAUCCUCAUCGCCAUCGAGAUCAUCCUCCUCAUCUGCAACAAAAACAUCGUCAUCAACCACUUCUAAUGAUAUCUCAGAUCACUGUGUCAAUCCUUCGACAACAGUAUCAUUUAGAAGUAAAAAUGGGCAGAAAUUUAGUCAAAGUUCCGGUAUAAAUAAUGCUUCAAAUAAAAAACCACACCAGGACAGAUUGAAAGAAUCAAUUCCAUCUAGUGAUAAGAGAAAUUGUCUAAACUUAGCUACUCAUAACUCGCCUCAUCAAUUAAUUGAAGAGACACUCUCAUCGACACCAAAAAAUAGUAAAAGACGUGAUAAACGAGAAAAUAAGAGUCGUAAUAAGAAUAUUUCAGAUGAUAUUCUGUCUCCAGAUGAAGUAUUCAGGCCCAAAGACAUUGAUCUUGAAAAUGAUGAAUUAGAUGAAACCGAGAAAGAAAUUGAGGCUUUUAAAAGGUUUUGUUACAACUCUGUGCCACUUGCUCGGAAAGACAAAGUUAAUGUUCAUGUAAAUCUAAAAGACAUACUGUUUAAGAGAAGUCCAAUAAGUGGCAAUCUAGAAAUUAAACAUUCUGUAAAAAAUGAACCUGGUAAAUGAAAUCCAGACAAAUCAAGUGAAAACCAAAGUAAAAUUGGACAAGAUGGAGGCAUUUUCGCAAAAUGUCCCGAGGAUAAAUUAACUGACAAAAUAAAUUAAACAGGCGAUCCAAAUCAUGAAGACACCAACAACAACAAUUAUCAAACAAUAAUCAAAGAAAGUUGUGCCAAGGGACUUUCAAAGCUCUACUUUUCGGCCAUGUUUUAUUAUUGUUUCAAGUUUUCAUCAUUUCUUCUCUCUUUCCCUUCUCUCUAAACCCACUAAUGGGUGCGCAAAAAAAGGUAAAAUCAAUGGCCAUUGAAAAAGAGUUGAUAAUCUCUGAGCUUUCUAAGUUUAAUUUUGUGCUGUUGUACACCAAACUCUAAAUGAUGAAAAGAAUACGGUUGACCUUCAUCUUCUGAUCGAUGGCAAAACAUCCAGUUGUAGAUGAAACAAAUUGUUAUUCAGAAUCGCAUUAAAUUGGAAAACACCAAAACAAAAAAUCCAAGUCUGUAGCAGCGAAAGUUGAAAACUUCUUAGAAAAGAUGUAAUGUAAAAUGUUAUGAAUGCUAUUACCUAGUGUGAUACACAAUUAUAAACAUAAGUAUUUUUCACCAAACAGCGAAAGAAAUUUUGAACACAAGAAUGGAUAAAUGGUAAACCAAUGGUCAAUUUGUGCUUCGUAUCCUAAUCAAUCGAGGAAACAAAACUAAACACUCUUAAUUAAAACCACAUUGGAUUCAAAAUUGAUCAUUUGGAUAUAGAAAAAAAACUUCAUUGAGCAAAAUAAUUUUGGUAAUACUUAUUCAAUAAGACUGUUGUUUUAUUUCUAAACUUUCCUCUUUUUCUUCUUCUCUCUCCACUUCUCUUUUCAUCUUAUUAAAAGAUUGAGAGAUUUCAAAAGGAAUCAUGGUUUAAGGAAAAGUUGACUAUUUAAGUUUUCGGUGUUCUGUUAUUUUAGAGCAAAAAUCGAACGAGAGAAAGAAAAUUAUUUAUAUAAAUAAAUGUGUCAAAUGAUUGCAAAGUUAUCACCAUCUACAAAGCAAAUGAUUGAAACUUGUAUAAAAAUAAAAUAAAAAUAACAAGUAUUUCUAAGAAAAUGAAA